AUGGCAACCCGCUCCAGGACAACCUCUCAAACCCAAUCCCCUUUUGAUCAGGGCUACGUGGAACCCCAACUUCCGCCAGCCACCUCUGUUGAGUAUGGCAAAGUCUCCCUCGAACGGGUUACCCAACUCCUCCUUGGGUUACUCAGCCAAGUCAAACGCCUGGAACAGGAAAUCGCCAAAAUCAAGGAAGCAGGGGUUGAAACCCGGACCAAUGUCAAAAACAUAUCCCAAACCGUUGAUGUUGUCAAGGAUGGGCUUAGAACCCUUCAGCUCCAAGGGCCCAGAACACCAGAAGGACCCCAACCCAAGGCCAUGGAAGAAACGCCACGCCCCAUACCAAAAGUCGAGCCUACUGGAACGACUAGUAGGGUCCCCUUCUGGGAAGAAGCACCCAGGGCAAUCCCAGGCCUCGCCCAGCCUACCCCAAGAAGAAUUGCGCCCCCACGAGUCCUGUCUCCCCCUCUAUCUCCGCAUCUCCAAUCCCCGAUUGGAGCAUCUGCCCCUCCACCUCCGGCUCCAAUCGCUGCCUAUCCUGCCCCGGUCAAAGUAGACCACCCAGAUGCCUAUACAGGCAAGAUUGGGAGUGAAGCCAAACAAUGGCUCACAAGGAUGCUGGCUUGGACCCGGUUGAACUCUUGCAUGUUCCCUACGGACCAAGAGGUCCUAUCCUUCCUCCUAAUGAACAUGAAGGAUUCCGCGGGAGCAUGGGCCCACCCUCACCUUGACCAGCUUGGGUCACACCAAGCAAUCAUUCAAACGGUUGAGGGAUUCAAAUCGGAGUUCCUGGCAGCAUUUGGCAACCCUGACGCCACAAGGGCCGCUGAGCGGAAGAUCACCACCCUCACCCAGUCCGGCACAUGCGCGGACUAUAUCACAAAGUUCAGAACCCUGGCAAUGGAACUGGACUGGAACAACGCGGCCCUUAGAGGCCAGUUUGCCCGUGGCCUCCACUGGGAGAACGCAGCACUCGUCAUCGACAAUGCUCUCCGCAAAGAGCGUGCUAGCCAUCCACCGAGGGAUAAUAAGCCUAGCAGACCAUCCAACCCCACAAGGGGGACAAGUACCGGCCAAGUCACAUCCGGUUCAAAGAAACUCUCCAACGACCCCAACUUUGUGUCGGAAGAGGAACAAAAUCGCCGCUGCGCCGCUGGUGCUUGCAUCAAAUGCGGCAAAAUGGGCCAUAAGUUUGCAGAAUGCUGCACGGGCUGGAAGGCUACCCCUGUUGAGGACAAAGGGAAAGCCAAGGAAACCGCCAAAAUUGGCAAAGACUCCAAGUACCAAUUGGGAAAAGAUAACAAUAGAAUAUCCCCACUCUUCACAAUUUCAAUUAAGCCAGAGAAACAAGCGGAACAUUUAGAAGUCCUGAUAGACUCAGGCGCAACGUCUUUGUUCCUCCACCCUUGUACUGCAGAAUCACUCUGUCUUCCCCUCAUAGAUCUCCCUUCACCCCGCACUGUCACUAUGCUUGAUGGGUUGAGCCCCCAGGCCAGAAAAAUCUGGAAGAAGGCCAACCUGACCUUCUCCCUUGAUGGCAAGAAAAUGACCAAGACCUUCCUCAUAUGCAAUACAGGGUCUCAUGCCGCCAUUCUGGGGUUGAAAUGGUUGGAUGCACAUAACCCAGAGAUUGAUUGGAACGCGCAAACCCUCUCCUUUCCCCAUACACCACCAGAACACGUGGCCAUUGCCAAAGAAGAGGAAGCUGAUCAAAAACCCCUUGAAGGAGUACCCCUGGAAUACCACCAGUACGCCAAGGUAUUUGGGGAGGAAGAAUUCAACAAGCUUCCCCCACACCGGCAUUACAACAUUGGGAUUGAACUCACGGAGGAAGGCCCCCUCAAUUUGCCUCUCUAUAGUAUGACUGAUGCUGAGUCCGCUACACUCAAAGACUGGCUUAGGGACGAACUCAAGAUGGGCAAAAUACGCCCUAGCAAGUCUUCCAUCAGUUCCCUUGUGAUGUUUGUCCCUAAGAAGGACGGCUCCCGUUGCUUGGUUGUUGACUACCGCCGCUUGAAUAACCGGACUAAGAAGAACGUUUACCCGCUACCCCGUCCUGACAACCUCAUGGCCCAGCUCCGUGGCACCAAGGUCUUCACCAAAUUAGAUCUAAGAUGGGGUUACAAUAACAUCCGGGUUAAGGAAGGUGACAAAUGGAAAACCGUGUUCCGUACCAAGUAUGGCCUGUAUGAAUCCCUUGUCAUGACCUUUGGCUUAACCAACGCCCCGGCUUCAUUCCAACAUUUCAUGAAUGAUUUGUUCAAGGACUUGCUUGAUGUAUGCGUCAUCAUAUACCUUGAUGACAUCCUGAUCUACUCCAAGGAUGACGCAACCCACACCCAGCACGUUCACAAAGUCCUACACCGGUUGAUGGAAAACCAACUGUUCUGUAAAGCGUCCAAGUGUACCUUCCACGUCACUUCCGUGGAAUACCUGGGAAUCAUUGUUUUGGACAAAGGUUUCAGCCUGGACAAGCUCAAGAUCCAGGCUGUACAGGAAUGGCCUACGCCCACUAGGGUUAAAGAAGUCCAAUUGUUCCUAGGCUUUGCCAACUUCUUACGCCGGUUUGUUGCCAACUUCAGCCACAUGGCAAGGCCAUUACACAACCUGGUCAAGAAAGACACGCCGUGGAAAUGGGAUACCAAAGAACAGGAAGCGUUCCAAGGGUUAAAGGACGCCAUCACCAACGCCCCAGUCCUCUGUCAUGCAGACCCCAGUAAACCGUACUUCCUCGAAACGGACGCGUCCGGCGCAGCUCUAGGUUCCAUACUCAGUCAACAGCAGGGAGACGGACGCCUGCAUCCGCUAGGAUUCCUGUCAGAAUCAUUUAAGGGUGCAGAACAGAAUUACAACACCCAUGACAAGGAACUGCUAGCCAUCAUCCGGUCCUUUGAAUAUUGGCGUAUCUUCCUAGAAGGAACCCUGCACCCUGUCACCGUGUUCACGGACCACCGUAACUUAGAGUAUUGGAAGGAAUCCCGCACAUUCAACCGUCGUCACGCCAGAUGGCACCUGUUACUAGCUGGAUAUAACUUCCAGAUUGUCUAUUGCCCUGGAAAACAGUCGGGAAAACCAGAUGCACUGUCACGGCGAUUGGAUCAUGCUGACAUACCACCUGCCAAUCAAACCAUGCUCCCCAACCCCGUAUUUGCCAACGUAGCACUAGUCAUUCCCAAGAAAGAGCUCCAGCGCCAAAUCAAGGCCAGCCUAGACCAAGACGAAUCCCUGGAGGAAAUCUUACAAUUCCUCCAGAAUGAGUCAAAGGCACCGCCGUCCAUCAAAAAGGCAUUCAAGGAUUACAAAAUGGAAGCGGGCCUACUCUUCUACCAAGGACGAAUUGUGGUCCCUGACGUUGGAACGCUGAGGACGGAACUACUUUGUAUUUUCCAUGACAGCCCAUUGGCUGGACACCCCGGGAGGCAGCAAACAUUGGAAUUAAUCUGCAGGAAUUAUUAUUGGCCCGGCAUCUGCGCCGACACCUACUGGCACGUGGACUCCUGCAAAACCUGUCAGCGUAUUUGCAAACCCAAGUAUGCUUCAAUUCCCCCGCAGCCCCUAGAACUCCCAUCCAGACCCUGGCAACAUAUCUCCUAUGACAUGAUAGUAGAUCUGCCCAAGGACGGGAAUUUCAACUCCAUCCUGGUUAUUGUCAACAGCUUCACUAAGUACGGCAUCUUCAUCAAAUAUUCAAAAAAGUUGAAAGCGCCAGAACUAGCAGACCUAUUCCUGGAAAAUGUCUGGAAACGCCAUGGGAUGCCAGAGAAGACAAUAUCGGACAGGGGCAGGGUAUUCAACAACAAAUUCCUACAAGCCUUGUACAAACGCUUAGGAAUAGACCCUCACUACUCUUCAGCCUACCAUCCCCAAAGUGAUGGGCAAACGGAACAAGUAAACCCAUCCAUCGAACAUUUCCUAAGGGCAUACUCUGGCAUCAACCAACGGGACUGGACAAAGUGGCUCCCCAUGGCGGAAUUUGCGUAUAAUAACGCCGUACACAGUAGUACCGAAAAAACUCCUUUCAAGGCCCUAUACGGAUGGGAACCCACCUUAACCCCAUUGAACGUACCAACAGAUGUUCCGGAAGCUGACAACCUUGCCCAGGCAAUGGAGGCACAAUGGAAGGAAGUGGAAUCCGCCUUGCAGCAAUCUAAGCAACGGAUGGUAGCCGGAGAAGACAGAAACCCAGUAGAAUUCAAGAUUGGAGAGGAAGCAUGGCUGGACGCCAAGAACAUAAACCUCAAGACCCUGAGCCCCAAGCUAACCAAGCAACGCUUAGGGCCAUUCAAGGUCAUCGAGAAAAUCUCCGACCACGCCUACCAACUUGAGCUACCUCCCACUAUGCGUAUCCACAAUGUCUUCUAUGUGGGACUCCUAUCCAAGGUCAAAAAGGACAAAAAACGCACCUUUGAAAAUUGUCCCCCACCAGUCACCAUAGACGGAGAAGAGGAAUAUGAGGUGGAGGGGAUCACUGAUGCUGAAGAAAGGAACGGAGAAUGGUUCUUCCGAGUCAAAUGGAAGGGUUAUGGAAAAAUUUUAGAAAAAUACAAAAAAGACAUGAAAAAGAAGGUCCUCAGCGCCGCCAAGGCCCUUAGAGGGGGGGCAGACACCCUCCUUGAGCUGCAGAAUGCAGCACUUGUCAUCAAUAAUGCCCUUUGCAAAGAGCGCACUAGCCACCCACCAAGGGACAAUAAGCCUAGCAAAGAAACCAACCCUGCAAGGGGGACAAGUACUGGCCAAACUACUGCCAGAUCAAGGAAACUCUCCAACAACCCCAACUUUGUGUUGGAAGAGGAAAGGAAUUGCUGCCGCACCGCAGGUGCCUGCAUCAAAUGCAGCAAAAUGGGCCAUAAGUUUGCGGAAUGCUGCACGGGCUGGAAGGCUACCCCUGUUGAGGACAAAGGGAAAGCCAAGGAAACCGCCAAAGACCCUAAGGACUCUGGUUUAAUGUUAGAAAUAUGUAAUAUAUCCGUAUCAAAGAAUGCACCCCUCUUCACCAUUUCUAUACAACCAGAGAAGAAAGCGGAAAAAUUAGAAGCCCUGAUUGACUCAGGCGCCACAUCAUUGUUCCUCCACCCCUGCACUGCCAAGACACUAUGUCUACCACUCAUAGAUCUCCCUCAACCCUGCACUGUUACUAUGCUCAAUGGGUCAAGCCCCCAGGCCAGAAAAAGCUGGAAGAAGGCACAACUAACCUUCCUACUUGAUGGCAAGCAUAUGACAGAGACCUUCCUAAUCUGUAAUACUGGGUCCCACACUGCCAUCUUAGGAAUUAAAUGGUUGGAACACCAUAACCUGGAAAUUGACUGGAAUUCACAAACUCUCUCCUUUCCCCAUGCACCACUGGAGCACAUGGCCAUUGCUGAAGAAGAGGAAGCUGACAAGAACCCCCUAGAAGGAGUACCCUCAAAAUACCACCAAUACGCCAAGGUAUUUGGAGAAGAAGAAUUCAACAAGCUUCCCCCCAUUGGCAUUACAACAGUGGGAUAG